GGAUUAUCGUCAGCCCAUAACAUACACCGCUGUUCCUUCCGUGCAUGACUAGCAUUCCAAGGCUCAAGCAAAUAGUCGCAGUUCUUCCGCGUUGUUCAACCGCGGACAACGGGCGCUUUUACCACGGAGGAUCCAUGUUAGACCAUUGCGUAUUGCCCGCUCGGCCGGCCUGGCGCCGGGCUCCGCCAUCGACCUUCCCGAAGAGGAAUUGGAUCCAGCAAUCCCCCGGAGGCCCCGCUCGGUGUGGAUAAUCUUCAUUGAAUCGCGGGGAACUUUCACGCAGGCAGGGCGUGAAGUCAAGUCUGUCUUGCAGUCUGACACUCAUCUCUCUCCUCUCAAGACACUCAAUUUCCCGCUGUCCGACCCCAAAGCUGCUCCAUUGAUCGUUGCAAACCUAUACUGUAGUAACUGUACAGUAUAUACGACUACGGCAUCAUGACAAGACGCGUGGUUCCCGACUUCCCUGAUCGCGGCAGCCAAACAGACGAGCUGCCCGCCCACAUCUACUCGACCGGCCUCGGCAUCGCGGUCCGCACUGGGAAGAGGCGAGACAGCCAAGAUGAGGACAACGACGCUUCCGCUUCCAAGAAGGUCUUCUACACCAUCGUCACCGCCGACCUCCUCAUCCCCGGCGACGGCGACCCCCUGCCGCACGCCGCCCUCGUGGCGCGCGACAAGCUCAUCGUCUGGGUCGGCAAGCAGGCGGACCUGCCCGGCGAGUACACGGAGCAGCCGCACAAGACGCACGCGGUGCCGUACCUGAUGCCCGGGCUGUGGGACUGCCAUGUGCACUUUGGCGGGGAGAAUGAAGCGGCCGCCCAGGAGGAUGGCACCACGGGAAUCACCUUCAUCGCCGACAACCCGGCCACGGCGGGCGCGCGCCUCGCCCGCGGCUGCUGGGAGGCUCUCCAGCGCGGCUACACGUCGCUGCGGGACGUGGCCGGCUUCGGCUGCGAGGUGGCCAAGGCCAUCGAAGACGGCACCAUCGUCGGCCCCAACGUCUAUAGCGCCGGCGCCUGCCUCAGCCAGCUCGCCGGCCACGGCGACAUCUUCGCCCUGCCCGCCGGCGACGCCCUGCUCAACCUAGGUGUCGCUAACAUCACCCCGGGCUAUUUUGGCACCGGCAUGAGCUGCCUAGUUGACGGCGUCGACGAGUGUCGCCGGGGCGUGCGCCUGCAGAUCCGCCGUGGCGCAAAGUGCAUCAAGGUCCUGGCCUCGGGCGGCGUCCUCUCGCGCGACGAUAACCCCUUAUAUGCGCAAUUCAGCCCCGAGGAGCUCGACGCCAUCGUCUCCGAGGCCGGUCGCAUGGGCCGCGCCGUCGCCGCCCACGUCCACGGCAAGCCCGGCAUCCUGCAGGCCGUGCACGCCGGCGUCGCCUCGGUCGAGCACGUCACCUUUGCCGACCAGGAAUGCGUCGACCUGAUCCGCGAGAGAGGCACCAUCUACGUCGCCACGCGCACCAUCGUCAAGCUACUGCUCGAGUCGGGCGGCAAGGGCAUGCCGCGCAUCAUCUGGGAAAAGGCCAAGCUAUGCGGCGCCAACCACCUCAACGCGUAUAAGCUGGCCAUCGAGAACGGCGGCAUCACCUUUGCGCUCGGCACGGAUACCCCGCCCGGCUUCAACAUGGCCAUGGAGCUCGAGUUCGCCGUCGAGGCCGGCAUGAGCAAUCUCGAGGCCAUCCGUGCCGCCACGGCCAACGGGCCCCUGACGGUGCGCGAGCAGGCGGCCAAGUCGGGGCAGCUGAAGCCCGGGUACGAGGCCGACAUGAUUGGCGUGUGCGCGAACCCGGUCGACGACGUCCGCGUCCUGCAGAAGAGGAGCAACAUCGGCUGGGUCUGGAAGGGCGGCCGGCUGUACAAGGGUCCGGGUGUCGGCCCGUGGGGAGAGGAGCUGGACGGCUGAAAUGUGUGCGGCGCAUGAUUCUGCACCGUCGUGUAUCAUCGUACAUUUGAUAUCAUGGUUACGUACUUUUUGAAUGAUAUGAUAGUGUCAUGCCGCAGGAGGUGCUAGUGGCG